GAUUAGUGAGAUAUACAUACCUACCUUUUAUAAUAAAAACAAUAGGACGUAGGUAUUUAGUACUUACCUAUUUUAAAUACUAAAUUUCCUUCAGGAAAUCAGAACAGAGGACUCAGACCGUAGUUGUAGCACUAUUGACUAAGACCAAUAAAAUACAGGCUACUUCUUUACUGGUGAUUAAUAACUAACUACAUAGAAAUAAUUACAUCUUUAAAAAAUGGUCUCUUUGAAGUGUUGAUGAGAAGAUUAUUAUUGAGAUUUUAUCUUAAUACCACUUCUCUGUACAGAUUGUAUUGAGAUACUUACUUGAAAUUUUGAAAAAUUAUUUCUUAAUAUUAGGUAUUUAGUAAUGUCACCUCUAGGUAAGGUACCAAAAUUUUCAAGGGUUUUUACGGGUCAAAAUAACUUGGCGAGCUAUUACCGCAGAUACAGCCAAGCAAAAAUACCAUGUUAUGACGUCGUUGUAGUAGGAGGUGGUAUUGUUGGAUCUGCUUCUGCAAGAGAGUUAGCUUUGAGACACCCAAGUUUAAAAAUUGCACUAAUAGAUAAGGAAAACAGAUUUGCUUUCCAUCAAAGUGGCAACAACAGUGGAGUCAUUCAUGCUGGCAUUUACUAUAAGCCGGGUUCAUUGAAAGCAAAGCUUUGUGUCGAAGGUCUUAAUCUGUCUUAUAAAUAUUUUGAUGAAAAAGGUAUUAAAUAUUCAAAGUGUGGAAAACUCAUAGUAGCAACAGAUAGAGUAGAAGUACCUCGUCUUCUUGACUUAUAUGAUAGAGGAUUGAAGAAUGGGGUAAAAGAUAUAAGACUAUUAGAUGCUGAAGAAAUUAAACAAUUAGAACCACAUUGUAAAGGAUUGCAAGCACUGUGGUCUCCACAUACAGGAAUUGUAGACUGGGGUGUAGUUACUCGAUCCUAUGUGGAAGAUUUUAAUAAAUGUGGGGGGACAAGUUAUUUGAACUUUGAAGUUAAAAAAUUCAUUGAAGGUGAAAAUGCAGAAUAUCCUGUUAUUUUAACAAAUUCAAAAGAUAACACAGUACAUGCAAAAUAUGUACUUACCUGUUGUGGUUUACAAUCAGACAGUGUCGCUGUAUUAACAGGCUGUCCUGAAGAACCCAGGAUAAUCCCUUUUAGAGGUGAAUAUUUAUAUUUAUCUCCACAUAAAAGUAAUCUUGCUAAAGCAAAUAUAUAUCCAGUACCAGAUCCAAGGUUUCCUUUCCUUGGAGUCCACUUAACUCCAAGGAUUGAUGGUCGUGUGAUUGUUGGACCUAAUGCUAUUUUAGCAUUUUGUAAGGAAGGUUAUAGAUGGGGUGAUAUUAAUGUGCAAGAAUUGAAGGAAAUACUUUCAUUUUCUGGAUUCCGAAGGAUGGCACUGAAAUAUGCUGGCUUUGGGCUCAAAGAGAUGAGCAGGUCAAUCUUCAUUCCAUUACAAGUGAAACAAAUACAAAGAUACAUUCAAGAUAUUACAAGUAGUGAUGUUGAAAGAGGACCAGCUGGAGUGAGGGCACAGGCCAUGGCAAAGGAUGGUACUCUUAUUGAGGAUUUUGUAUUUGAUUCCAAGCCUGGUUCUGGUGCGAUCGGUAGCAGAGUACUCCACUGUAGGAAUGCACCGUCGCCUGGUGCUACUUCAUCUCUUGCUAUUGCAAAAAUGAUUGCCGAUAAAAUGAAAGAAGAAUUUAAGUUUUAAUCAGUUUUACAGUCUGUUGAAAAGUGAUGUUAGCGCCAUUGAGAUAAUAUUACUACGUAUGGAGGAGACACCACUAACAAAUUCUGCGGCGCGGGGCGCAUUUUUUGCUCUAAGUUUUAAAAAUUAUUAUCUAGUUAGAGUUUCAAGACCUCCUUGACCUGGAGACGCCACUGGGCGUUUGCCAUGCAUGCCAACAUUAAAACUUUUAACCACCAGCUUAAUGCUUAAUAAGGCAGAUUGCAGGUUUAGAGGAGAUUAAAAAAAAAAAAAAGGUAGUAAAAAAGUAGGUACUUACCGAUGAAAAGUUAUUCCUUUGCACUUUUCGUAUUAUUUGUGCAAUAUCGUAAC